AUGGAAAAUAUCAAGACAUAGAGUCAAUUUUUCCAACGCAGAAUUGACCACCUUUAAAUCAAUUCAAAGUAACCUGUUCUCUCUAACUAUGAAUCCCAGAGAAGAGGUUCACAGAAUAGAAAUUUAUAUGUGCAGGGAGACUCUAAAAUUGAUUCAUAAGUGACAACAGAUAGUACUAGCUCGCUUUAAGUCAGUGGAUAGAAUCAGAGUCACAGGUACAAUAAAAAACAGUAGUCACUAUUUGGAACUCAUCUAAAUAUCCCUACUAGAGUAAAUAUUUCACCAUUAACACUCAGCACUGAAUAUUAGCCAAAUGAAUAAACUUUAUAUUCAAAAGCUCCUAAUUUAUUCCAUAUUUCACCAUCUUCUUCUCCAUAAAUCACCAGACCUCAAUUAAUCAAUGAGUAUAACGAACCAUUCCGAGCAGGGAAAAAUGGUUUAUUUAAAGAGAAUGAAUAUUCCCAGAGUCAUCAUAAUUUUCUGAAUAAGCGUAUUUCAAUAAUGACAAAAUCGUCAGAGAAUUUGUUCAAGUAAAAGAUGAUAUACCUAAAUUAAUUUAAAAAGGGGGGAGCACUAACUCCAAAUAGAAAGUACAGAGAAAAGUUAGCGAAUCACUAAAAGUCAUCAAAGGAUCGAAUUAGUGGUCUAGAUUCAUCUGGGAAUCUGAAUUAAGAGCAAUUUCCACCUUAAUUAAAAAAAGAACUUUAAAAUAUAGGAAAAAUUAAUAGGAUAAGUAUUAAGAAGGAUAAGUCUCAAUCGAAUGAUUACAAUUAUUAAGAACCCCCAAUAACUAUGAAAAUUCAUCCGAUUCCGCCUCUCAAUUAGAAAUUGUAAAGCCUGGACAAUAAGGACAAUUACAACUAGAAUCAAGUUUCAAAGAUUAAAUCUAAAUUUAGGUCAUAAACAAUAGAAACUAAUCACUCAAGCGCGUUGUUUAAGUUAGAAGGACAAUUGAAUUUUCCGUUGGCACAGCCCUCUCACAUUCUAAUAAAAACAGCUCCAUUAGAGUAAAAGAUAUCUCCUAAAUUUUAGCCAUCUUCACAAGAUUUGGAAUAAGAAUAAUAGAGUACGAAUGUAAAGAACUAAUUAGAAAAAUUUCCCCAUAAUAAAUGCUCAGGAGGUGGUUCAUCAACAAAUGUCAGUGUUAAGAAGCAUUCUUCGAACAAACUCAUAGGUGUUGGGGAUGAAUUUCCGAGUAGAAAAGUGUCUAACCAGUCAUUGUCAAAUUAAGUUAAGAAUGAGCAGAAAGGGUCAUAAAAUAACCUUGGAGUAAAUAAAUUAAACUUAAUUAGGAGAACCACAGUCACUUCAAGUUAUAUAAAUACAGCAUUUAGAUCAAUGCGAACAACUGGUAGAGAAUCACAAACUAGGAAAAUAGAAUUAUUCCAAAAAGCAACUGAAAUAAAAUCUAAAUACAAUAAAAAUUACUCAUUUGAUGAGAGUGAAAAUGACAGUGAUUCAAUAGGAUCAAUAAAAAGUGACACAGACUCAGAUGCUAAACUAGAAAAAGAUCUGCUUCGCAUUAAUCUCAAUGAAAAAAUAAUCAAAGGCAGAAAGCCAAGCAUAGCUAGAAGAGGUUCCACUAUGAAGGAUAUGAAUUUCGGAUUCGGAAACGAGUUUUCAAAUAAUGUGAUUUUUGAAUCUGUAAUUAGAAACGACUUUCAACAACUUCAAGACUAACUUAAUUCUCUAUCAUCCUAAUUUGAAAGAGUCUAGAAGUUGAAUUAAUAGGACAAAUUUCUUAGAACACCUAUUUUCUAUGCUAUUUAUCACAAUAACUAUGAAAUGGUUAAUUUUCUUUUAAACCAAGGAUCUGAUACAUUAUUUAUUGACAAUAUGAAUAGAACAAUCUUGCAUUACAUCUGUAUCUUGGGAUUAAACAGAAGUAUACUAUAACUGAUACUUGAUUUUAAUAACAAUUUGGACUUUGAAAACGCUCACACAGAAGAAGCAUAUAAACUAUUCUUGAAUAAGCCAGUUAAUUCAUUUGAUAUGCCUUAGAGGAAUAUCAAUAGAAUUAGUAGACCCUAGCUUAAAAUUGAAAUAGACAAUCUUGGAUCAGCUAAUUCAAUCAAGAAAAAUAGAUAUGAUGAUAUAUAAGUGACUAUCCCAGAACCAAUGACUUCGCUAUUGCCAAAAAAGAAAAAAAUGCUUGAUUCCUCUAAGCUGUCAGUUAUAAAGGAUGAUAGAUCUGAGUCAAAUUUAACAAUAUCAAAUAAGAAUGAAACUACAAGUGAUAAAUUAAGAGAUUCCAAUGGAAAAAUUUAGACUAUUUCUCUCGCCUCUCCCUGUGAUAAUCAAUUAAUGGCUUCUAGAAGGAUAUCAAGUCUAAAAGGUAUAGGGAGGUCAGGCUCCUCCAUUACUCCAAGAAGUAGCUCUAAUAUCAAUGGAAGUGCUAAAAAAUCUAGUUUAUCUAGUUAAUUGGGUGAGGAGAGAACUAAGAUCAAUAACGAAAUAAAUAUUAAAAAGAACAAGAACUACAUUAAGAUGAUGAAAAAAUUCAUUAACAUUUGCGAUAAACAAGGGAAAUCAGCAUUAGCUUAUGCUGCAUAAAAAAGCUAAAUAGGCCUUGUUAAGAUUUUACUUGAAAGAGGUGCAGUUCCAAUUACCAGAGAUUAUAAAAGUCGAAAACCUAUUGAUUUGGCUACUUGUGAUGAUUUGUUGAGUCUUUUAAGUUAGCAAGAAGCAUUAUUUGAUGAAAAGUUUUCUGAUAGCUUGAAAACUUUUAGAAAAAAUCUUAUAGCAGAUGAGCAUUAGAGAUUAAGGUCCAUUUAAUAAUAAAAAAUGGGGCGAGAUAUACUUCUUACCUUUACAGAUGUCAUCAAAGAAUAGAAAGAAGAUGGAGAUGAUUAGGAUUCUAUUAUGGAAUAACAACAUCAAAGAAAUAAGCCAUAAUAAAAAAUGUCUAGAAAGGAUAUAGGUAGAAGAAUGACAAAGAAGAUGCAAAUGAAUAAAGCUGAAUUAGCCAGUUGGAGUGACAAGCUCUUGCUUCUUUAUCAUAUUGGGAUCUAUAAGGAUAAUGCCCUGACUUACAAAAUGAGAUUUGAGGAUAAAGAAAAUUUUUAGUACCUAUUAAAGAGAGGUAUUUCAGUGCUUUGUACUGAUAAAAAUGGAAAUAAUAUCCUCCAUUACGCAAUCUAGUUAGAAAAAAUUGAAUUUUUAAGUUACCUGCUGGAGGGGUCUUUUUAAAGUGAGAUCUAUGAAAAAUCACUAGGACUCUCAGCAGACAGUUUAUUUGAUCUUUAUAUUCAUUAAAAAGCUAAAGAACUUAGUGCUAAUCUGAGAACUGGCCAAUUCCCUUGGAUAUAAGACUCAUUAUAUGCAUUAGAGAAGAGUAAUGAUCGAGAUGGAAAUAAUUCGCUACACAUGGCUGUCGACAUAGGAAAUCAUUAGUUGUUUUGCUAUAUUGUAACAAUGCUAAAAAUCAGAGAUCAUAUGAGAUUUAUGGAUAAAAAUAGAUACAUGAAGCUUUAUAAUUCCUAUGAAUGUUGUCUUGAGUUUAAGAAUAAACACUAGCAAACUCCAUUACUAUAUUCGGCAAAGCGCAACUAAUAUAAAAUUUUCCAGGAAUUAUUAGUUUAAGGAGCUCAAAUUUAUGUUUAAUGCUCUAAAUUCAUGAAUAUAUUGCAUUAUGCUGUGCUAAAUGAGAAUAAAAAUUUGAUAGAAUAGAUUGUGUAUUGUGAUGCUGAAACUGAUAGGCUAUUAAAUGAGAAAAAUUAUAGAAACCUUACCCCUCUAAUGAUUGAUGAUAAAAAGAAAUAUGAAGAUAUUUUUAAUCAUAUUUGGAGUUCAGUAGCUAUCUGCUCUCCAAGCAAUCUAGAACAUCUGGAGCAUCUUAUAACAAAUGAUAAGUUUACUGUAAAUUAAAAAACUCUGAUAGGCUAAAACUCACCUCUCCAUAUAGCAGUUAUCAAUGAAAAUUUUAAGGCUAUUGAGCAUUUAUGCAAGUAUAGAGAUAUCAAUUUGCAUGAUAGAAAUUCUCUAGGGUAAACUCCUAAAGACUUGGCUUUAUUAAUUCCCAAAAAGCGGACUGCAGCUAAGAUUAUUGACUAUUUAAAUAAAAGAAUAAGUUAAAUUUAAUAGAGAGAAAAAGGGAAUUUAUCACCAGCCUAUUCAAAGACAUAAACAAUACUUAAAAAGUCUACAUUUAAUAAAAAAUCUGCAGCCGUAAGAUUAGGUACAAUAGGUAAAAAUAGUUUUCAGAUAAUCCCUUAGCAAACUGAGCAAAAUAAUCCUCUCCCUCAAUAAAGUGAACAAACUUUCAAUUCUAUUAAUUUUUCUGCCUAAAUUAAAAACCUUGUUGAGCAAAUGGGAAAAGUUAUAAUUGGCAUUGAAAGAAGCAACUCUAAUAUGGGCAGAAAAGCUAGUGCAUUGUCAUUGGAUUCUAGUGAAAAGUCUGAUGAUUAUUUCGAAGAAGAGAGUUCUGUAGGAAGCAAUUUGUAUUUAGCAAGCCAAACAAGUAUCUUGAUGGAAAAUGAUUUUAAGAGCAAUCCAAAUGGUAGAAAUCCCAAUUGGGAACCUCAUAAAAUAUUUAAACUUUAGAAGAUAUUUGACAACUAUCUCGAGUUGUCAGAUUUAAUUGGGAAUUUCAAUCCCUAGAUAUUUUAAAGAUGGAGAGCCUAGUUAACUAAAAUAGAUGAUACAAUUGUCAUAAAAUCAAAGGAAAUAUUCAAGUAGACUGAUGAAAGGAAGAGAGGUUAUAUCACCUUAUAAUAAAUCUACAAUAAAAAGUAAUUACUUUUAGACAGCAAAAUCAUGGAGGAAAUUAAGUUGAUGAAGCUGCUGGAUCAACUGGAUAAAUAAUAUUAAGACACUAAAAUUACAGAGUCAAAGUUCGUAUAGCUUAUUUUAGAUUUUGCAAUAAAGAAAGACAAAGUCGUGAAUCCAGCAAAGCAACUCAAAGAAAGUGGAAGUGCGGAUAGUGUGCAGCUAUUUAAUAAGGACAGAGAUACCUUGAAGGUUAGAAGAUGA